CUGUGCCAAAAGUUGCUCCACUGUCCACAAGCCUGGAGGAAGCGCCGAGAGAGCAAGACGCACAGACACAGUCACACACAGACAACCCGCCCUUGCGCUGCCCCCCUUCCACCCCUUUUUUUCCCUUUUCUCCUCCUCCUCUUCCUUUCUUUUUCUUUCUUUUUUUGCCCUUUCCGGCUUUGCAUGUCAGAUUUCCUGCAUUUGUCCCAGGCAAACAACUCGGAAGCAUGGACACGGGCUAAGGAGGAGGAGAAGGGACCGUUAGAUCUCCAGAAGCGCAAAAGGAGGAAGAGGAGGAGGAAAAAGAGCCCUCGCUGAGGCGGUUUCCCGAGGCGGAAAAGCUUGGACCGAAAGUUGUUGCAAUCCUCGUUCUCUCCUCUUUCUUUCCCCCCCAACAACACCCCGCUUUGCAACUGCGGAACCGCCUUAAUCCCUCUCGGAAGAGGGUCCCCCCAUCCGUGCCCAAAGGCGCGCCGUGCGCCCACCAUGGCCAGCGACUGCGCCGCCCGCAGCCUCGACAGCCUCGACCUCGCUGCCCUCCGGGAUCCAGCCGGGAUAUUUGAACUGGUGCAAGUGGUUGGAAAUGGAACAUAUGGACAAGUCUAUAAGGGCCGCCAUGUGAAGACGGGACAACUAGCAGCGAUCAAGGUUAUGAACGUGACUGAGGAUGAGGAAGAAGAAAUCAAACUGGAAAUAAACAUGUUGAAGAAGUAUUCCCAUCACAGGAAUAUUGCAACGUACUAUGGGGCCUUUGUAAGGAAAAGCCCUGCGGGUCAAGACGACCAGCUCUGGUUGGUAAUGGAAUAUUGUGGAGCUGGCUCGGUGACGGAUUUGGUGAAGAAGACCAAAGGAAACUGUUUCAAGGAAGACUGGAUCGCUUACAUUUGCAGAGAGGUUCUCAGGGGCUUAGCACAUUUACAUCUUCAUCAUGUUAUCCAUCGGGAUAUUAAAGGUCAGAACGUGCUCCUAACAGAGAAUGCUGAAGUGAAGUUAGUGGAUUUUGGAGUGAGUGCCCAACUAGACCGGACAAUCGGAAGGAGGAACACCUUCAUUGGGACUCCCUACUGGAUGGCUCCUGAGGUCAUCGCUUGUGAUGAAAACCCGGAAUCAACGUAUGACUACAGAAGUGACUUGUGGUCGCUGGGAAUCACAGCAAUAGAGAUGGCCGAAGGCGCUCCCCCGUUGUGCGACAUGCAUCCCAUGAGGGCUCUCUUUCUCAUCCCGCGAAACCCUCCCCCAAAGCUGAAAUCCAGAAAAUGGUCAAAGAAGUUCCUUAACUUUGUCGACAGUUGCUUGGUCAAGAACUACAUGCAUCGCCCGGCGACCGAAACCCUGCUCAAACAUUCCUUCAUCAGGGACAUGCAGAACGAACGGCAAAUACGCAUUUUGCUGAAAGACCAUCUUGACAGGACCAGGAAGAAGAAGGGAGACAAAGAUGAAACAGAGUACGAAUACAGUGGAAGCGAGGAAGAAGGUGAUGAGUUGAAUGAAGAUGAAGGAGAACCAAGCUCCAUUGUUAAUCUACCCGGCGAAUCCACCCUCCGGCGCGAAUUCCUGAGGCUUCAGCAGGAGAACAAAAGUCGUUCCGAUCUUCCACGCCAACCGCAGCAGAUCCAGCAGCAACAGUUGAAAGAUCAGGAGAAGUACAAGAAGCAGCUCUCGGAGGAGAGGCAGAAGCGGAUCGUGGAGCAGAAGCUGCAGAGGAAAAAGCUCGAGGAUCACCAGAAGAGAGAGGAGCUGCGGAAGCAUCUCGACCUCGAAAGGAGAUGCCCGGAGAUCAAAGCCGCUCUGAGCAAAACCGAAAAGGAGAAAGACAGCAGGAGGAACGACGAAGAAGUGCAAUGUAGAGCGGAGGGAGUCAGAUUGGACAACUUUCAGAAACAGUAUGAAGAAGCACAUCAGGGUAAGAAGAUUCACCGGACUCUUCCCAAGGACCAAACACAGCUGCUUUCUCUCCAACAUGAUCACAAGCAGAAGGCUAAAGAUCCUCCCAAGAUCCUCAACCCUCCGACGCGUCUGCCGUCAAACUCUGCAAGCAAAGAGACCGAGAGCAAAUGGAAGAAGAGUGACCCUGUCCAGGCUGACCUUGGCUGGGCAGCCGUUCUUGGGAACGAGGACUCCUCUCAUGCUAGACUAGGAUCCGGCAGUAGCUCCAGCCCAUGCACCCCGGCCUUGCAAAGAGCAGUCAUCUCUCAGAAUGAAAACCUACGGACAAGUCGAGACCUGUAUCAUAGCAAUUCAUGGUCCGAUGUCGCUGUGACGCCAACGAGCCCCGGUCAGGAUGACGUCUUCUGGAACAUUUGUCAGCCUGAAGAACAGCCUCCUAAGGUUCCUCAAAGGACAACCUCGAAAUUCUACAAGAGGGACCAUCUUGGUCACCAGAGUUACCCGUCAAGCACGCACCAGGUGUCCCCAGAGGAACACGCCGCAAAAGCCAACGGCAGCAGGAACUCCAAUAUCAACAGGCAAAGGGACUUGGGUUUCCAUCAAAACAACCGACUGACUUCAGGAUCAUCCAGACUGGACAACCAUAACCAAUCCUCAAAGAAACGUGAAAAUGCAUCACAUCCACGCCAUAUUUCAAGCCCACCUUUCUUGCUCAAGGGAAAAGACAGCAACAGCCUCCUCCGGAAAUCGUUGGAAUAUUCGUCCUCCAGCGACGAAGUCUGCAGCAGCGAUGAAGAUGACGACAACAACAACAACAGUGAGGCCGGUCACGGCGUCAGGCAACCGCUCAGCAACGGAGUGAUGGGUUUCUCAAGGGCAAGAGCUCCGGAUGGGAUUGAACUGAAACCUCAAAGGGCUGGCAUGGAGCGCAAGGAUUAUGCCGCAGGAAGACCCAACUGCAGCACUCGCGAAGGCUUUUGGAGCAUGAGCAACCAAAAUUAUCUCCUCCCCGACCUCCUGCAGCAGAGCCAAAUAUCGGAUGGUUCGGACUUUCAACCAAAAGCGGUUGAGAACAGUUUGGAAUCUCAGGGCAAGCCGGUUUCCAAUAAGGCUUCAAGUACUGACAAUACCUCUCCAAAAAACAGUACCUCAUCUACGACAUCCUUUACGUCCUUCAUAGACCCCAGGCUUCUACAAAUCUCACCUCCAUCCAGUCCAACGGGACCAAACUGUGGUUCUCCACCCAAUGUGAAACCUGAGUCCAGCAGCAGACAAAAUGCAAGGAAAGGCUCUGUUGUCAAUGUGAACCCCACUAACAUCCGGCCUCAGAGCGACAGCCCGGAAAUUCGCAAAUACAAGAAGAAGUUCAAUUCAGAGAUCUUGUGUUCUGCAUUGUGGGGGGUGAAUUUACUUGUGGGGACUGAGAAUGGAUUGUGGCUGCUGGACAGAAGUGGGCAAGGAAGAGUUUACUCGCUGAUAACCAGGAGGCGGUUUCAGCAAAUGGAUGUGCUUGAAGGACUCAAUGUGCUCAUCACCAUCUCAGGCAAGAAGAAUAAGCUACGGGUGUACUAUCUAUCGUGGUUACGAAACAAGAUCUUGCGAAACGACCCUGAUGUGGAGAAGCGACAAGGCUGGGUGUCGGUGGGCGAUCUGGAAGGCUGCGUACACUACAAAGUUGUGAAAUAUGAGAGAAUCAAAUUUCUUGUGAUUGCUGUGAGAAAUUCAGUCGAGGUCUAUGCCUGGGCUCCGAAACCUUAUCACAAAUUCAUGGCCUUUAAGUCCUUCACCUCACUUCAUCAAAAACCACUGUUGGUUGACUUGACGGUUGAAAACGGGCAGAGGCUGAAAGUCAUCUAUGGUUCGUCGGUCGGUUUUCAUGCUAUUGACGUGGAUUCGGGCUCCGUGUAUGACCUCUACCUGCCGACACAUAUCCAGGGAAAUAUUCACCCGCACGCCAUUAUCAUCCUCCCAAACACCAGCGGAAUGGAGCUUCUACUCACGUACGAGGAUGAAGGAGUCUAUGUUAACAUUUACGGACAUUUUUCAAAGGAAAAUGUGUUGCAAUGGGGAGAAAUGCCGGCUUCUGUAGCUUAUCUUCAGUGCAACCAAGUCAUGGGCUGGGGAGAGAAGGCAAUUGAACUGCGGGCUGUGGAGACGGGAACCUUGGAAGGAGUGUUCAUGCACAAGAAAGCACAGAAGCUGAAGUUCCUUUGUGAAAGGAAUGAUAAGGUAUUUUUUGCAUCUGUUCAUUCUGGAGGCAGCAGCCAAAUUUACUUUAUGACACUGGGCCAGAACAUACUAUUCAACUGGUAAAUCACAUCCGAGUGAAACAUAUUUUGAUUUUUCCCCCCCACCGGAUAUGAGCUGUUUUAAAAUGCAAGCUGAUUACGGAGAGAGAGAAAACUAUCACCGUCCGCCUGUCCUUCUGUUGCCAUUUUUGUUUCCAACCAUAGUACUGUAAAUCUAUUUCUGCUGUUUGAGGACAAUUCAAUAUUUGUUUCUAAAAGUCCAAAUAAUAUGCAAUUGAAUGAUGCUCAUGUACAUGACGUUAGGAUCCUCCCUUUACAAAGUAGGCACAGGUAUAUAUUUUUGCACAAAUACUGUGAUGCCCUUUUGUGAAGUACUCAUUGCUUAUGUUUUUGUUUAUUUUGGGGGGAAAUUAUGUACAGGUAGGCUUUCUUGGCGCAGACGUAUCUUGCCAUGAGCUAGACAUUUACUAAAUUGGAUUCGUAUUGUUUUGCCGCUCUUGCUUAAGCAGUUGCAUCCUUCUCCAUCUCAGGACUAAUGAGAAACAAUGUUUACUUUUUAAGGUAGGGGAAACAUAGCCUGGUUAUAUCUUUUUAAAAUUCCUUUCAUAUCCUUCUAUUUAAUGCCGGCAUUGUUUGGAAAUCUUUGCUGUUGUUUGCAUCCAACAUCUUUUACUCGUACGGUUGCCUUUAAUAAUCAAACAGGGCAGCAUAUACAUUAUCAGAUCCAAGCUCCUCCUAAGUUGGGCACAUUUAGUUUAGUUUCUGCAACUCUUUCAUCUCCCAGUAUCAGUGGAAAAACUCUUUAUAUGUAUAGGUCUGUAAAUAUCUCCGCAUCACGUUUAGUAAGUCUAUAUUUAAUAUAGAAAUAACUCAAACAAUUUCCGAUUAAACUGUUCAGUGGAAAACACGGGAGAUGUUGGGUUGCUAUGAGUUUUCCAGGCUGUCUGGCCGUGUUCCAGAAACAUUCUCUCCUGACAUUUCACCCACCUCUAUGGAAGGCAUCCUCAGAGGUUUUGAGGUCUUUUGGAAACUAGGCAAAUGGGAUACACACACACACACACACACACACACACACACACAGUAUAGCUGUGCCUGGCCACGCAUUGCUGUGGUGUAGUCCUAUGUGGGGUUUUCUUCGUGGCAUUCAAGGUGGCCUAAAAAGGAUUUCCCUAGGUAUGAAGCAGCCAGGCUUUGAAACUGCAAGGCUAUUCAAUGGUAUUCAAGUUGGCCAACAAUGGAGUCCCCUAGGUAUGAAGCAGCCAGGCUUUGAAGCUGCAAGGCUAUUCAAUGGUAUUCAAGUUGGCCAACAAUGGAGUCCCCUAGGUAUGAAGCAGUUAGGCUUUGAAGCUGCAAGGCUAUUCAAUGGUAUUCAAGUUGGCCAACAAUGGAGUCUCUUAGGUAUGAAGCAGCCAGGCUUUGGUGGUCCCUCUGUAGACUUGUCCACAGCUGCAUAGGAUAAGGUAGACUCCUACAGAGGUGAGAGGAUCCCUCUUGUCCUUUGCUGAACGUAGCCUUUGUUGGAUUUUCUUGGUGGGCCUGUAGAUAGUUUGUACGUUCUGUAGAUAGUUUGUAGGUCCUGUAGAUAGUUUGUAGAUAGUUUGUAUGUUUGGGUGGAUGCUGUUGAGGUAGACCAGGAACUUAUUGAGGUGGUCCAGAAACAGACAAGAGAUCUUUCUUCCACCCUGGACAUCAUUCCACAGAUAUAUAAACCUCACUUGCCUUGUUUCCAACAGAUCUCACAAGCUCUGAGGAUGCCUGCCAUAGAUGUGGGUGAAACAUCAGGAGAGAAUGUUUCUGGAACAUGGCCAGACAGCCCGAAAACUCACAGCAACCCAGUGAUUCCGGCCAUGAAAGCCUUCGACAACAUACAGGAGAAGUUGUCAAUGGAUAAAUUAAAUAAAACACACACAACUAGCUCCUUUCAGGCAUUUAUAUUAAUUGCAUCAGGGGAACACAAGAAAAUAUCUAGCAGCAAUACACAGGUGUUUGUUUU